AUGGAAAACAAUCAAAAAUUAGUUACCAAGAAAUCCUCAUUAACGACUUUGAAAGAGGAUGUUAUCGUCUCAUCCGAGUAUUCGAAGAAUGAUGAAAAAGUAGCACAUACACCAGGAUUAUUUCGAAAACUUUCACUCGCCACAUUAAAAAAAAAGAAAUCAUUAUCUUCGCUCGGCAAAACUCCCACCGAAUCGUCCGCAAACAACCUGAAUACUUCAAAAAAUACAAGAGAAGAUUUAAUUCCUGGCUGGAAUUCACGAACUUGUUUAGACAUGGAAAUACUUGAUGAGGAAUUAUAUAUUCCGAAUCAAGCACAUACCCCUUCACAACCAUUAUUUCCGACUUUUAAUUUCCCGAUGGCUUCAAAUUUUCCCCUUGACUCUUUAAUCGUAUCUCAACAACAAAAAUCUUCAUCUUCCUAUGCCAUUAAUGUUUUUUAUUCAGAUUUAUCUUAUCUUCUAGGAUGUAGUAACGGUAACAAUAAUUUUUCUAGCGCGAAUUGGAGGGAAAAGAAAUUUGCACCAGAGUUCACUUCAAUAUCCACUUCAAUAUCCACCUCCAAUCAACGACGUUCAAUAUUAAUUGAUGAACGAGAAAUGACUUUUAACAGAACGUCAGUUUGGUAA